AGGAAGAGCCAGAUGAUUCAGUGUGGCUAGUUUACGUUCUGUGUUGUUAUUGUGUAGGUGUGCUUUGUUGUCUUCGGUUGGACCAUUUGUUUUGGGACUUUUGCUUUUAAGACUGGGGGGAAACUUCAACAACAGGACUGAGGCCAAAGCUGUAGAUUACAGCAACUCCUGAAACCUUGGCGGACUGAAGACGGACUCAACCGUCACAACAUUAGCAACUACUGUGUCAUCAGUGUAUAUAAACAACAUCAGCAUCUACCACAAAAUCAGCAUCUACCGGGACAUCAGCAGCACCAGUCUGACCCUUCAAGGCCUCAGGAAAUCUUCGACAUCCCACACCAGUGAUAUUCUCCUUGUGAUGUGCUGAGCAGGACUAGGAGAAGGAUACACGCGAUUCUGUUUCCAGGAUUAGCUGUAACGGUUGAUACAAAUUGUGGAUUACUACUAUGACAGAACAUCGCUGUGAGUGUGGGAAUAUGGUCAGGUCAAUGUGUGGUGGUGCGUCAGUGAGCAAGAUGGCCAUGAUGUUUGUGAUGGUCAGCCUCAUGCUGGUCGGUGUAGGACAUUGCAGUGUCAGUGUGGUGGAUUCCAAUGAUUUGUUGGGAAUGAAUGGCGUUGGAUCUAGAACUGGUGAUGAAUCGUCAGUGUCAUUGAUGUGGGGUAUUGCCGAUACGACGGCCUCAGUCGGACACUUCUUCAACUACACAAUUCCACAUGAUGCUUUCAGAGGAAACGACCUCAAAUAUAAAGUGACAGAGGCUGGCAAGGACGCGCUGCCUCGGUGGCUGGUGUUCUCUCCCACGAAGCAGCUCCUCCAGGGGAUGCCGACAUCCAGUGACCUGGGACAGUACUACGUCGAGGUGGUUGCUGUCGGACACAAUGGUGACCAAGCCAAGGACAUAUUCUCCAUCUUUGUGAAUGAGGAUGCUGGACCAGCAACAGGUUCAACUCUGCAAUUCAAAGAAGGCGGUCCUAAAACUGUGCGUUGUAAAAGAUCCGAGCCAGAGACGGCUGUGAGCAUUGUGGUUGAUGUUGAUAUCGAUAAUCUGGGUGCACAGGAAAGACUUGACUUCCUCACGAAAUUUGUAUCUCAUCUGAACCUCGCUGAGGAUAUGGUGAAAAUCAACCAGGUUGGCCUGAAGCCAUUGACAGAUGCCUCAGCUCUUGUGUCUGGUGCAGGUGAUGCCAAGACUCUACAGACGCCAGGAUCCUUCGUGUCGUGGCUGGUCGGGUGUGGCAGGGUACAACAGGACCAUAUGCAGGCCCUCCAACAGGUGGAGACUGACUCGAGCAAUGGUGUCAUGGCCAACGCUAUUGGCUACCCAGUCCAUGUCUGGCACGUCACAAACAGCAGGUUCCAGGAACACAAGAGGCGGAAGAGACAGGCUGUACGACCCACUGCUACCCCCGCCGUCACGCCCACCCUGCCCAUCAGAGGUCCAACUGACACGAUCCGAGCUACUGGCGCAGAUCAGGAAGCCAUGACACGACCUGUGCCAAAACUUUACUCGCCAUCAUUCGGUAUCCAGCCAACCAAGACAAUGGCACCAAUGGAGAAGACGGCCACCCCAGGGCAAGGAGGAACGCCCGUGAUGUCCACAAAGGUGCCAGGUGGCAUGAAACCUUCCGUUGUCAUGCCAGAUGAGAAACCAAUGACCAAGACACAAGUUUUGCCAACCAAGACUUACGUGAUGACGGAUGUGAUGCCUUCAAAGUCAAUGCCAAUGCCUACCAAUGCUCCAACAAGAAAACCAGAAUCUGGAGCAUGCAAAGACCUAGUGCCUGUCGUCAAGGAGCCAAUCAAGAACAUGCUGUUUACUGUAGGAGAAAUCAUCCGGUACAAGAUUCCUGAUAAUACGUUCUAUGACUGCAGAGUUGGAAAUACGAGAAAGCUGAGACUCAUUCUCAUGGCCAACAUCACAACUGUGCUUCCUCCUGACUACUGGAUCAAGUUUGACUCCAGGAAGCAGCUGAUCCAGGGAUUACCAAUGGAGGCGAAUGUCGGUAAACACACGUUUAACAUGAUUGGUUUUAAUGCAGAUGAAGCAGACACUGUUGCCAAGAACACCUUCAACAUCACCAUUAUACCAGACCCAAGGUCAGCAACAGGUCAACUCAACCACGAAGUCAGUAUGACUCUUGACUAUGAUUUCGAGAAGUUUUCUAGCAGUACUGAAAACAAGAUCAGCUUUAUGAAUAAAGUAGCCAAGCUGAACGGUGAGCGAAAUGCGAAAAAUUUCAAAAUGAACCGAGUCACUAAAGGUUCAACAGUAGUGUCUUGGACCAACACAAAUCUUGCCUCCCCAGAUUGUCCCGUCGAUCAGAUAAAGAUGAUGAUGUCCAAGUUUGUUCAGGAGGAUGGGACUCUGAGCAAAGAAGCAACAAGGGGCAUGAAACCUUUUAACUUGAAGGGCGUCGGAGUGGUUCCGCUUGGAGCUUGUGAAAAUGACCCCAACUUCCCUGUCCUGGCAGUCACCAAAGACGACACAGAUGAACCAUCAUCACCUGAUGGGACUGACACAACCGACGAGACAACAGAGGAUGAAGACCCACCAGUUACCCCGGAACCUGUUCCAACCUCGACUGAGGGCGUGAGGACAGGAUCUGCUGGUGGUGGGCCAUCGGACGAUAUCUGGAUCACGACCGUGGUGCCGGCUGUCGUGAUUGUGGCCAUCUUGCUGCUGGCCCUCCUCAUCGCCUGCAUCCUGUACAGGAAGAAGAGGAAGGGGAAGAUGAACCUUGAGGACCAGAACACAUUCGUAAACAAGGGAGUGCCCGUAAUAUUCCAGGAUGAACUUGAUGAAAAGCCUACAGAUAGUAGCAAGCCUUUGUUAAUGGAAGGGCAGCCCCCCUGCCCUCCUCCGGAGUAUCAGAGAGGGGACAGUCAAGGCUCCACCCCUCCUGUGAAUCAUAAACAACCUCAGUUUGAUCACGAUGACCAUAUAGAGGACACGAAUGUCACAUCGCCGCUGUACCAGCCGCCACCACCCGUCACCGCAUCCAGUGGCAACAAGCAGCCCCGCCCACACGUUCCCCAGCCUGCGUACCGCAGCCAGCCUCCCUCCAUCCCACCAUAAGCUCUCCCUCAUCUCCGAGAGGCGUUGUAGGAAGUUUGAGAAAUAACAAAGGAGGUGCGAAUUUGUUGGGGAUUGUUAUUGUUUAAGAACUAUGCAUUGCCUUGAACAGACUUUGGGGUCGUGGAGCCGUUUCUUGAUUCUUCUCGUCAGGAUCCCGAUGUGAAUCCUGACAAAUUUCAAUUGUACAGCAUUGUUUGAAAUAUUGCACAUACCAGUGUAACAGCUGAAAGAGAAAUCUUGGGGAUGAAAUUUGUACCCUAGCAACUUGAAAUAUCAGUGCUUUACUUGUGGUGGGACACUAAAUCUGCAUGCAUUAUUGAUAAUGCCAUUUAUGCCUUAUGAGGAGACAGUGACUUCAAGGUUAAAGCUGGGUGUCGCUGGACUGGGAAUGUGGCUUCCAAAGUUGUUGCAUAUCUGCGUGGAGGAAGAUGUGUGGAUACCAGCAGUGACUGACUGAUGAUGGUAGACUCGAGCACCUGACUGAGGUCAGCUAUGUGUAAUGUCAGUGUUGUUUUAGUCAUCUCAGGAGAUUGUUAUAAUACUCAACCUGUAGCGGGGAGGUGGGAGGGGAUUUCUCAUUAACUACUUGGAUGGCAGAACUGGCCACCUCAUUCACCCAAUGAAGUAUUCUUAUUGUAGGUUUUAGCUUCAAAAGGAUUUUAACGUUGUUUUUUUUAGAAUGUUUUCUAAUUAUAUUUGUUGUUAUGACAGAUUAUUUUGAUAAAACUGAUAUUUGAUACUGCUGACAUGGAAUCGGAAAAAGCUCAUUGUCAUGAUCACUGGUGGUGUUCUGCCACCAAGUCAAGAAGCAAAAGGUACAAUCUAAAUCAUGGUUCAAUGGAAGCUUGCGAGCUUAGUGACAUUGUGUCCAACAAUCAGAUGGGGUAUGAAAUCCAGUGGUAGGUUGAGUUAUGUUUACCAAUGCAAGCAUUUAGUCUGCAAUAUGUCUGUAUUAUCUGCUCCUACUCUGCUUCAGCGUAGAUGGCAGCUGCUAGCAGCACUAUAGAAAAUAUUCUGUUGUAGAAGCCUUGACCUUUUAUGGCGGUACAUGACCUUUGAAAUCAUGUGACCAUAUCAUGUGACCAUUUGUUAGAAAGAGCUGGAAAAAUGCUUUCAUGUGAAAUAUAUUGUAGUAAUUUAAUAAAAUUGUGAUUUAUUUUAUUUGUGCUAUUUCGCCAAUUAGGUCAAGGCUUGCCUGCAUAAUAAGAUGACAGAUUAUGUCAGGUACAGAACAAUAACAUGUUGUCACCAGCCGCCAAGGCUGUCAUUGAUUUCAGUUGGUGCAGGUUCAUGUACAUAGAAUCAUUAGACAUUGUGAAUGUACCUUGUUUAUGCUUAUAUAGUAUGCAGACUGUAUAGAUGCUACCUGCUACACCCCCUGUCUGGAGGGUGGACUGAUCCGUCAGUUACAUGAUCAGUCCAACUUGACUGAUAGGGGUCCCUUCACUGUUUAUUGUCAGACAUGGCACAGUGUUUAGUGUAAUUUUUAAAAUCAUGUCUAGUUUAUUAAUCGAUUUCAUCAGUGUCUGUAUGUGCCUGUAUUUAUUUCAUAACUGAUGAAUGUUGCAAUAUUGUGCCAAUAUAUCUACUGACUUGAUCAUAAACAUAGUGUCAUUUAGCUGUCUUUAGCUUAGCUUUUUCACACAAGUCUUGAUUCUCCCAUCUUCCCCUCCUCAAGGUCACUGUACUUGGUGGAAGGUCGGGUGUGAGACUCAACAUUGAGAUUUUGUUCACUCAGGUAUGCUAACAUGCGCAAAUAAUACAAGCAUAAUGUGCUCAUGUGGUGGUAUCCAUAGUAACGCAAAUAUUAACGCAAAAUGACAGGUAAGAUUUUUUUCCCAAAAUAUUUUAUCAAACUUGGGAGAUUUAAUAUAAUUUAUUUGACUUUUGUGUUGAAUGCAAGGUGGCUUCAGCAUUUGUUUCUUUUGAACUAAUAAACCCAGCAUUUAUGAGUUGGCAUAGUUAUUUUAUUUUGCUAGGCCAGUUCCGCCUUGUGUGUAUAUAGGUGUCAGCGUUGAGGACAGGCCUUGUAUCAGUGCAUGACCAGUCCACAAACACCCGACAAUGGACGUCAAAUCCUAAACUUGAGCAAAUGCAGGUGUAUGAUAGUAUCGGAUCAGUCAUUUUAAUGCAGGUUUGAGUUCUCGAUUAGAAUCGGAACCAUCCAGUCAUUCAUGAUUUUUAUUUUUUAAAUGUGAUUUGGUACAUUUGACCAAGGAAACAUCUACCCCACCACUACGUGUAGUAUGUAAAUCUCCCAGUCAAUGCUAAUGGUGUUGAUGUUGUAAAUUUAAGACUGUUGAUAUGUGUGAGGAAUGUGUGUGUGCUCUUGUUGCAAGAUGACCGGAUACGCCUUGUAACAUGGUCGUGCUGUAGGGUCUCUCUUCCACAUACCCGUACCUUUCUCAAGUGAUAUAUCAUUUAUCAUUUUCUACCUGACUUGAAAAGUCCUAUACCUGUAGCUUUAUGUUGGAUGUACAUAUUAGUGUGCCUCUGGUUAUGAACAGAUUCAGUGACUGCCAAAAGAAUAGAAACCCUCGACAACAGGUGCUCAGAGGGAAUGUGAAACACUUCUUUAGUUUCCUGUGUCAGGAUUUUCCAACCUCAGAACACAAAUUAAAGAGAGAGGCUGAUUAAAAUACAUUUGUUGACUUUCAGUUUAGAUUAAUAAGAAAAAUAAUUAGAUACGAAACAUUCGUUCAUAUGUAAACAAUUAAAGCAUUUGUUGUUUUGUUCCUGCAAAGUCAUCCUACCUCCAAAGUGUUCUAUGAAAUUUAAGCUUUAUACCUAUUACUCUUCUUCACGAAAUGACUUUAGUGUUUAAUUUCAUCUAAUAUUAUACAUCUGUAAACAUACAAUUAAGAUCUGAAGAUGAAAUUGAUGGAUGUAAUGGUAUCUCUCCUGCUCAUCCAUAGAAACAAACAGGUAAAUAUCUGAAUAAUGGAGCAAUGUACCACCAAUGUACCAGCACUCUCAAACAGCAGAUUAGAUGAACCUGGUCCUUAUUUGAGGAAUUGACCAUAAAUAAUUCAAGGAUUAGAAGUGUGAGGUAUAUUUCCUCUGAGCGCACCAGUUGUGAGGAAGGUGUUAUGUGUAGCUAGCUUCAAGAGACGUAGAACAUUGUCUGCUGCUGCUGCUGCGGUGUGGAUGCGGUUACGAUGUUGUACAAAGCGUGUGCUGGAAAUGAAUGACGGAGGGAGGUGAUCCCUCACGUGAAGAUUUGUCAUUACUGUACCGAUACGUAAAUAUAAACCUGUCUUGUCAGUGUACCAUCUAGCCCGAUUCAAUAAACACAUUAUGUAAAACAUGA